AUGGCCCCUAAGAAAGCCACCAGCACGAGCUGGACGCCCCCGCAGCCGUCGGUGUCGCAGCUCAUCGAAACGCUCAACACGCACCGCGUCAACACGCUCACGGAACUCGUGCGCAUCGAACGCAUAGCCGGCAGCUGCGCGGAUCCCAACGACGCCGCGGCCUUCCAGCAGCCCAUGACCCGGGCGUGGAUUCACUACGUCACGUCGCACCAGCUCGCCAGCGAGCUCCUCGGCCUGACGCCCAACUACCCCAUGACGGGGGACGUGGUGCGCGACGCCUACAGCCGCGUGCGCGAGGACCCCGCCAGCAACCGCAGCUGGAACCUGGCCUGGCUGUGCCUGACCAAGAUGAAGGACGACGGGCUCCUGGCCGCCUACGCGGCGCUCGAGGCCAUCAAGCCCGCCAUGUGGGGGAGCAAGAUGCCCUCUGCGGCGGAUGUCGCCCAGCUGGCGAACUGCUUCGAGGCGGAGUGGACGGCUGCCGUGGACAUGUUGCUGAGGCACUGGGAGAGGUCGCCCACUUGGUAUUGA